AUGUCAACAUACAAAAUUACACAAAUUCUUGAACAUCCAGCAUACUUAGAAGAGUCUAAUGCUUUAAUAAGACAUAAAGUUUCUUUAUUGGAAAAUAGAUGUGAAUCUUUGACCAAGGAUUCCAAAACAGAACAAGUUCUGUCGACUAGAGACAAUGCUUCAAAUGCAAUUCUGCUGUUGUCUACAACUGAUGACUGUGACAUCAAAUGCCUCUCAUAUAAAUGGAACCCAGAUGGUUGGAAUCAGUUGUGCAGUACCAAUAAUAUUGCCAUACCGUCAUGGGGCUGUCUGGCAGAUGACCAAAAGGCAAUAAUGAGCAGCAGCCUCAAAAAGAAUGCAGCCCUGAAAAACAUUUCUCCUCACAGGUUCCAAAAAUCUUUAGAGCAUUGCUCAUACUCUCUCACAAGUGGAGAACUGCCAAAUAUCAUAGAAGAUCUUAUUGACAAUAACCUCAUAAAAAUAUUAUUUUAA